AUGAUAGAGCUGUACGUUGAGUUCGAACAACAUAUGAGGCUGGACGCAGUUGGCGAGGAGGUCAAUGUUGAUGAGAUCGGGGAUACAAAUUGGAAAGAAGAUAACAACGACAGUGAAGAGGAGUUCGAAGCCAACUAUAAAGUCGAUGACGAAAACGAUGACGAAGACCUGACAGGCAAUUCGGCGGUGCAAAAUGAAGCGGAUGCGAUUGUAAGCCAGCACCCCUUUGGUGUUUCGUCUUUUAUGCGGACUUUGGAUCUCGAAGCCAUGCAUGCCCUAGAAUUUUCUAAGUAUGCAAAUAUGGGUGAAGGCAAUGUUGUGGCAGAAGAUGAUGAGUUUAGUGUCGGAAUGGAAUUUGGUUCUAGAGAGUCGCUGAUAUCUGCAAUCAAAAGCUACACUAUCUCUAGAGGAGUUGAUUACACUGUGUAUGAAUUUGAGCCGCAGACAUUCUAUGCAAAAUGCAAGGGUUAUGGUGCAAGGUAUGAUUGGCUUAUCCGAGCUAACUUGAUUCAAAAGAAAGGUUGUUGGGAGAUUAGGAGAUACAAUGGCAAACACACGUGCACCAUGGAAACGAGUUUACAAGAUCGUGCCAAGUUGGACUCAGACACAAUUGCAGAUGCUAUUAGGCCAUUGGUUGAAGCAGACUUGUCAAUAAAGGUGAAGUCUAUUAUUGUAGAAGUUCAGUCCAGGUUCAACUACACUGUAAGUUACCGCAAGACUUGGUUGGCAAAGCAAAAAUCUGUCGCAAAAAUUUUCGGUGAUUGGGAAGUUUCUUACCAGACUCUGCUAGUAUGGUUGAAAGCAAUGACUAUGAAGAUGCCAAGGUCUUGUAUUCAAAUAAAAAUAGUCCCCGUUUACCGUGAGAGUGAGGAGGUUCAAGGUGUAAGAGUUCUUCAUCGCGUUUUUUGGAACUUCUAUCCGUGUAUUGUAGCAUUUAGACAAUGCAAGCCAUUGGUACAGGUUGAUGGCACACAUCUGUACGGAAAAUAUAAAGGUGCACUUUUAGUUGCGGUUGCACAAGAUAGGAACCAAAACAUUGUGCUUAUUGCAUUUGCGAUAGUCGAGGGCUAUUCUAGGACAAAAGAGGAGUACAACAAAAACUACCAAAUGCUUAAAGAGUGGGGUGAGGCAUAUACUCAAUGGUGCGAUGAGUUUGGUGUUCAGAGAUGGGUGUUGGCAUUUGACGGAGGUCAUCAUUGGGAUAUAUGA